AACCCCUCUUUUUUUUUAUGUUAUGGUUGCUUCUUUCUCGUGUUUUACAGAGUCUGUUUAUUCGGUUUUUGCGUUGAGAAAUCAAUACUAUUUAUGACGGUGAUUGAUCUUUGUGCUUGUGCGUGUGCAUAAGAGAUGGGAAGUUGUGUGUCCAAGCCUGAGGGGUGUGUUGGUGGAAGAUUGAGGUCCUUCAGGAAGAAGAACCGUAAGACAAAGAAAAGAAUGUCGUCCUGCUUAUCUGAUGGCUCACUUCAACACCUUGCACCACUUGAUCAUCCUUCAUCUUUCUCUAACCCCGCUUUGCAAGCAAGAAGUCGUGAUGAAGCUUGGUUUGAUACAGUUGCAAAAUUUGAGUCUGACUGUGAUGAUGAUUUUCAGAGUGCUCAGGAUGGGGACUUAUCGGCUGGAAAUUCUGCUCGCAAUUCUGUCAGUGAGUUUGGCAAAAUUGAAAAUAUUCAGCUCUCAAGCUCCAGUAAUGUUGAUCCCCAAUCAAAAUCAGAUGGGCUUUCUAACGAAGAAAAGCAACCUGUGUUCCUUGAUGAGAUCUCAUCCUCUGUGGUUGAGGGUUCUGGCAAGGAUGCCAGAUUGUUGGAUAAUUGUGGGAUUCUUCCGGCCAACUGUUUGCCUUGUCUUGCUUCUACCGUCCCCUCAGUUGAUAAGAAAAAAUCACUUUGCUCUGGUCCACCAAUGCCAAUGAAAAAGGCUGUUUCAAAAAGUUCCUUUAAAUGGAAGGAUGCACAAGCUAAUUCUAUUCUAUUUUCUUCAAAGAGGCUUCUUUCUAGGCCAGUAGCAGGUUCUCAAGUACCUUUCUGCCCAAUAGAAAAGAAGAUGCUUGAUAGUUGGUCACAGAUCGAGCCAAAUUCUUUUAAAGUUCGAGCUGAGAAUUACUUUAGGGACAAGAAGAAGGUUUUUGCUCCUAACUAUGCCGCAUAUUAUCCGUUUGGUGUUGACGUAUUCUUAACUCAGCGGAAAAUAGAUCAUAUAUCUCGCUUUGUGGAACUUCCUGCCAUUAGUUCAAGUGGGAAGCUCCCACCAAUCCUUGUUGUAAAUGUCCAGAUUCCGUUAUACCCUGCUGCAAUUUUUCAAAAUGAAACUGAUGGUGAAGGAGUGAGUUUUGUUUUGUAUUUUAAGCUUUCUGAUAGUCACAACAAAAAACUUCCACCACAUUUCCAAGAAAACCUCAGAAGGUUAAUUGAUGAUGAGGUUGAAAGGGUCAAAGGCUUUCCUGCAGAUACAAUAGUACCUUUCCGCGAAAGGUUGAAAAUAUUGGGCCGUGUUGCGAAUGUGGAAGAUCUUCCCAUGAGUGCAGCUGAGAGAAAACUUAUGCUGGCUUACAAUGAAAAGCCUAUGCUUUCACGCCCACAACAUGAGUUUUUCUCCGGAGAAAAUUACUUCGAGAUUGAUAUAGAUAUGCACAGCUUUAGUUACAUUUCUAGGAAAGGUUUUGAAGCAUUUAUGGACAGACUGAAGCUGUGUGUCUUGGAUGUUGGCCUCACAGUUCAGGGGAACAAAGUCGAAGAGUUGCCAGAGCAGAUCUUGUGUUGUAUACGGUUAAAUGGUAUUGACUAUUUGAAUUAUCAACAACUGAGGCACGGCGAAGAGGCUCUCUGAUUAUAAAUUUGCAAAAACAAUGUAAGGCUGAAAUUAGUAUUCAAAGAAAAAUUAAUUUCUGGAGAAAUUUCUGUUGCAUUUUGUUUGGUACUGGAAUUUCUCCAAACCAAUAACCUGAGGGGCCUAGUAGGAACUGCACGCACACCGAAGUCAAGGGUUUUUGCCUAAUCAGUUUGUUACAUAAUCUUGAUUAGUAUAGGCUUAUAACCCAGAAACAGGCCCGUAAAAGAAAGGUCUUUACAGAAUUUAUUUGUUCUAAGAGGGAACUCAAUCAUAUUCAUUUUUGAAAUAGAAGGUCUUAAUCUGAA